AUGGCAGUUCUUGACCCCAAACCCAGUAAAGUGUCUCCACUCAACGAAGAAUUCGCAAAACUAGUUCAUUCAACACUGGAAAAAUGGCAUAUUCAAGGAGUAUCUAUUGCUGUUAUCGAUGGAGAUGAAACAUGGGCUGAGGGAUAUGGAGUUGCUGCUUACCCCGAUACUCCAGUCACUCCAGACACAUUAUUUUAUACGGGCAGCACGAGCAAAUCUUUCACUGCCUCCGCAGUAUCAUUGCUAGUCGAUAACGACGAAUAUCCCAACAUCAAAUGGACGACCCCGCUAAGCGAACUCAUCCCUGGUGACUUUGUCGUGCAAGAUGAGUACGCAACAUCCCACAUCACACUGGAAGAUGCCCUCUCCCAUAGAACUGGUCUACCAGGACACAUGAUCUCACUAGGUCGCGAAGGCACAGUCCGUGACAUAGUCCGAAACCUGCGUCAUCUCCCAAUGGACAAAGAAAUCCGAACAACAUGGCAAUAUAACAACGCAAUGUUCAUCACGGUAGCGCACGCAAUCGAAACCGUCACGGGAGAAUGGCUCGGUGACUUUCUUCGCAAAAAUAUCUGGUCACGCCUCGGCAUGAACUCGACCUUCUUUUCACUGGAAGAUGCGAGACGCUACGCCGCCUCACACGACGUGACCCUAGCAAAAGCCUACGGCUGGAAUUCGGCAUCUCCCGAACCCGUCGAGAUCCCGUAUUGCGAGGCAACGUUGAGUGGCGCGGGCGCUGUGAUUUCGUCUGUCCGCGAUUAUGCGGUUUAUAUUCGGUCAAUGAUUCGACAGUCGGGUCCGCUUUCUAAAACGGGAUACGAAGAGCUUAUGAAGCCGAGGGCAUUUGUACCUCAGAUGCUUCCACAGCUUACGCAGCAGGCGUUUUAUUCGCUUGGGUUGAUCAUUUCGACUUAUCGGGGUGAGACUAUCGUUUUGCAUCCUGGUGGCUUGGAUGGUAUGACGGCUACGAUGAUCUUCUUUCCGAAACGAGAUUGGGGUGUGGCUGUUUUCUGUAAUGCGACUGGACCGGGACGGGAAGUUCUUGCGUGGCAUUUGAUUGAUGAUCUACUUGAUGUCCCCAAGGAAGAACGUAUCGAUCUCUAUGAGCUAAAACAAAAGAAAAUUGCCAAAAUUGAAAAAAUGCGUUUGACGGCUAAGGAGCGUUUAUAUCCCUCUGCACCCUCGCCUGGUCUGUCUCAUACCCUGCCAUUGCAAGAAUAUGCAGGCACAUACACGCACCCCGCCUAUCCGGAUUUUAUGAUCAGUCUACGAGGUGACGAAGAGGCAGGACUGCGUGUUGUCCUGUCAGGAAGCUUAAAUGUCAGCAUGAAUCUGAAACAUGUAUCAGGUGAAUAUUUUGUAGCGGAAGUGUUCGAGUACAUGUGUGUCCCUGAGCCAUCGGCGAUUGUCAAAGCUGAGUUUCAUAUCAGUGUUGCGGGAAAAGUGGAUAGAUUUGGUGUUAUUGCUGAUUUCUCUGAUAUGCCUGAUACUAUGAUUUGGUUUGAUAGAGUUUUGUAG